AUGCCGCCGCGGCUACGGCCUUCAAGCCUUCCCUCCACAAGCAAUGUGAUCCCACAAUCCUUCUCAUCCUCCCCUCUUCUCCCUUUCCUCCUCCCCUCCUACCAUAUCUACACUCAAACUCCUACCUCUUCUUCUCGCAACUUCUCUACCUCUAAGCCUGCCUAUCGUCGAGUUCGUUUUGAAAAAACAGAAGGAACCCGUAAUGGCUUCGUCGAUUGGAUGAAAAAAGUUGGUGGUCGUCUCAACGUUCCAAGUCCCCAGGACAACGUCCCGGUCUACCUGUCUUACGAACCAGCCCCGCUUCCAACCCGAUUUCCUGUUGCGAAGGGGAGUGAUGUAUGUCGGAAGCGAGACCCUGGGGUAUCCAGAAAACAGGCAAAGAGGGACGCAGUAGAUUGGACUCAGGUGACGGAUAAGGCUCGUCAUUCACCGUUUCCGACUAAUGCAUCGUUCAAAGUCCACCCUGUGAUUUCGACGGAGUUUAGAGAACAGAUCUAUUUGAGGAUGAAGGCCGAUAGAUCGGUUAGGAGGAUUUCGGCGGAAGUGAAUUGUGAACUUGAGAGGGUUGCUGCGGUUAUUAGGUUGAAGGAGAUUGAGAAAAGGUGGAUUGAAGAGAAACGCCCUCUCUGCACCGAGAUGCAAACCCGUGUUCACGCAAUGAUGCCAGUAUCACAAUACAGCACAUUCCCCCAGCACGAAUCCAUAACCGACCUACGCAUCCAUUCACAAACAAACAACCAACUCUUCCUCUCAGUUCCAGAAUCCAUGCCGUUCAACCGUAAAGAUGCCGCUGAGGCAUUAGGACUCCUACCAGCAGAUGUUAGAAUGCCACAUAGCGAACUCAUCGAAGUCGAGAAGAUGAAACUAGACGGUGUGGAUGUUCAGACGAUGGUCAAAGUCGAGAUGGAACGUGAACAAAGAGAGGCCGAGGAGACAAAGGCGAAAAGGGAAAGGAGAGAGAAGAGGUUGGGAGCUGGAAAGGUUGUGGAGACUGAAAGGUUUAGGUUUAGACUUAAGCCUGCUAAUGCUGCCGCCGUCGGGCAUAGAUAUGGUGUUCCGGCUGAGGAUAGGAAGAGAGGCAUUAAUAAGAUCCCCACGAGAGUGUUGUGA